AUGAAGCAUCGCAUAGCCGGCCUCGCCUCACUGCCACGCGCCUGCUUCCACGCACAACCUCAGCACCAAAGGCGGAUUUAUCGACUCUUACAAUACAACGUAGCGGCUACGCGGCCGCUGCAAUCGCCAAGUUUUUCAGUAGCAGCGACACUCCGGGCCAAGGCCCCCAAGUUUGCAAGUUACCAAAACUCCAACGCAAGACCGGCCGCUGAACUCAACGAAAACAUCACCCAGGAGGAGAAGGACCACUUUGCCCGCAGACUCGAAGAGGACAGGGGCAAGCAGAUACGGACACCAUGGCACCGGGAGGGAAGCGAUGUCCCGCCUGUUGCGCGGCAGCGGAGCGCUGGAGCCAUGACCAAGGGAAAGCUUCUCACAACACCCUCACGUAUGCUCAAGAUUAUCCUUCCCCUUGUCACGAAAGAUGUGAAUUCCGACCGCAAAGACAUCGAGCCCUUGGCCCUGCUAGUCCAUCCGCAACAGCCCAUCUCCUACCUCGAGCGCCUGAUACAAGCUGAGCUGCCCAUGAUCAAAGACAAAGACGGCAAAGAACGCAUACCCAACGUCUACUUCCGCGCCGAGGAUUCGAUGCAGAGCGAUGCGCAUCCGUCAGAGGUGGAGGAGACGACUGUCAGCAAUGACAGUGAAGCAGUCACGGACCAGGAGGGCCACGAAGACUUUGAGAAGGUUGACGAGAUCCGCGUUGAUGGGAAGACCGAGCGCACCGGUAAACUGAGCAACAAUGUCAAGAAUAGGAAGACACCAGAAGAGGCUGCCGAGCUUCGCAAAGGCGUCGGCCAAGGCGGUGUCGAAUCUUAUUCCGGCCUAGGUCAGGACGCGGCAAGCGACAAGAAGGCGCAACGCAAGUUUGUGCGCUGGUCAAGUUCUACUGAGGUCGGCGACUUCAUCCGCGAUGCUGCCAGAGGACAGGAAUUUGCCAUUGAGAUCGAAGGAGCACCAGAAGAGAUCCGCGUCGGUGUACCCAGCUUCAACGACCGCACAUACUAUCUGCGCAUGCGUCUGCGCAAGACAUCACAAAAGAUUUCUGAAAUGGCCGACAUCAAGAAGGAGUGCGAUAGGCUAGCGCACAAGGCCGCUCAGCGCGUUGCAGGUGCAGGCUUCGCCGGAAUCGUCGGCUGGUGGGGUGUCGUCUACUACCUCACCUUCCAGACUGAGCUAGGGUGGGACGUUAUGGAGCCUGUUACAGCCAAAGAUUUCGAUCUUCGAAAAUGGGAAGCCCUCAUUGACGAUGGUAAUACGCUCCGAAAGGAAAUCAAGGCCAUCGCCAACGAGUACGAUGUAGAAUGGGACGAGCUCAAGGACGAGAAGGACGAAAAGGUCCGCGAAGCACUGAAGGACGAGCGCAAGAAGAAAAAGCAAGGCAAGGGAGAUGAGAGCAAAGAGGAUGAUGAACCAGCGGACAAAGAUGGCAAGAAGGAUUAG